AUGACUAUUCCAGGCGAGAAUGGGCGCGCUUUGCGGUCGACGAAGGCGGACCCGGCAGAGCUAUUCCUGGGAUACGCAGGCAAUAUAAUCGGUUUGUUUGACGCGAGCGACAUGCAGGAAAUUCCGCGGCUUGAUAUACCGGGCUAUAUCGAUGAGAAAGAUCUGGCCACCAUCCAGCCAUUGUUUUCGCUGAACGUAGCGCCGGGCCAAAAGCUCGACAAGUACGUGCAGGAGCAGGACGAAUCAUGGAUCAAGACACCCAUGAUUCCCAGUAAAGGACUGUUGUCUGCACUGGCUACUCCGCGCGCAAAUAACACGCGGACCGUCCCGUCUGUAUUUGAUCCCGUCCAGCGCGAGUCACAGGUAUCGGAGGAUGAAAUCCUAAUGGGGAUCGCUACGUCGGGACCAAACGAUUAUCAAGCGUCCGGGAUUGCUCAAGACACUAACCGGUAUGUAAAUGAGAUGGGGUCCGCACAUUCUCAAACGCCGCUGCACACUCAAGACGAGUGGACUUUGCGUGAUGGAAACACGUACUCGAUCUAUGACGCAUACCUGGAACCACUGCCCGAGUACCCUGUACCGGAGCACGAAGCGGCGCGGGAAUAUCAAAAUAUGCCAUUUAUUCCGAACGAUACGAUGGCUUCGGCAUCAUCAAGUGUCUCCUCCAUCACCUCUUCCCUGCAGGGUCCACGGCGCGUGGAUGUGCUGUUAGACCCCUCAGAGGAUGCGGAGAAUCGGCUCCUGACGAAAAGCGCCGACAGUACCUAUAUUUCUGCAAACUCACAUAUGCGUUCGUCGCAGGACUCGAGCCAAGCGAGUGUAUCGCGCGUGGACGGCGUACCGAUGGCCAUAACUCGGUCCGAGCGCGACACGAGUGAAUUUUCCCAGGAAGAGCCAUACAUGCGCGCAAGCACGUCGUCGAGUGCCGUAUCGCAACCCGUGUAUAUGCUGGCAGACCCGGCUAUGAUUGCACGUGGUCAUGAAUCUGUAGCGCCAGCGGAGAGCGCGCUGCAGAGUGCAUGCAUCUUGUCGGAUGAUGCGGAUCUGUUCAGCUGCUGGACUUCGUUUCUCAUGGAUGGACACGCGUCACGGAAUAUAAAUAAGGCGAUCGAAAUGGUUGAUUUCGGUGUCCCAGCACCGCUGCGUGGUCGCAUAUGGCUCCUGCUUGCUGGGAAAAAGAUGCGGCCGGUGCCAGGAUUGUAUGCCUCAUUGGUGGCGCAAAGCCAGACGGCCAUGCGCCAACAACCGCCGCACCAAUUUGCAGUCUUGAUUGAAAACGACCUAGACAUGUGCUUUCCUUUGUCCAAGUCGUUCCAGGGAAUAGGUGGAAGUACACGCGAUGAUAUCAGGCUAGUUUUGCACGCAUACGCACAUCACAACCCAGCGGUUGGAUACACAGAAAGCAUGUGUCUUUUGGUUGGUAUGUUGCUGGUGCACGUCUCUGUCGAGGACGCAUUUUGGUUGCUGGAUGCAAUCAUGGUCCAUUAUGGUAUGGGAAAGUACUAUACCGGAAAUCUUGACCAGCUGCAGGUGGAUAACCUGGUUGUGGACGAGCAUUUGCGUAUCGUCGACAAUGAGCUGCACAAUAAAUUCAAGGAGCUGCGUAUCGAGCCGCUCCUAUUUAUGCCAGGCUGGAUCCUGCCAAUGUUUGUGCGUACGCUACCAUGGUCCACACUGUUGCGCGUAUGGGACAAUUUCUUUUGCUAUGGGGAGCAUUACAUGGUCAAGACUGCUAUUUCCGUCAUCCUCCUGAACCGUAACGUGCUUUUACGCCCAUCACAGAGCCAUGAUCGAGAAGCGAUGCUGCAUCACCUUGUGUUUGUAACACCGAGUUUAGUUCGCGACAAGGUGGUUCUUGACACGGUCAAAAAUAUACAGCUGUCUGACAAGGAGCUAAGUAUAAUGCAACGCAACGCAAGCGGUAUAAUUCCCGACCAGCCGCAAGGACACAAGAGCUCCAAGCCACGUUUCGCAAUGUUCCGUGGGAAGCCUGUUUUGCAUAAGACCAAGCAAUUAUUGCUUCGGCGUAAGUAA